UUCCUGUUACUUGUAAGGAAUCAAUCCACUCACAUCGUGUUCCUGUGAGGCCAUUAAGAGCUUCUGCGCUAUGUCCGAUAUGAACAGAGAUGCCCCUCUACCUCCCGGUUGGUCUCGUGGAUAUUCUACCUCUCAGAAACGAACUUUUUAUUUUCACCAGGAAACCAAACACACACAAUGGCACUUUCCAACGGCAUCAGAAGCCAAAGAUCCACUCAAAGGCAAGCAACGCGCCGAAUUGAACAAGGAUCGCGAGAAAAAGCGACAGCAUGAGGAUUCGUCUGGAGCCGACAAGCGUCCUCGAGGAUCACCUGGAGAAUACAUGAGGAAGACCGUCGAUACUUCCGUGGACGACAUAUUGGAACUGGCCGAUUCCACCUCGGUUGCCGUGAUUGUUCCCUACCGGGAUAUUCAUUCUGCACAGCAACGUGCUGCUCAUUUAGCCAAAUUCGUUCCGCAUAUGCAACGGUUCUUUAAUAGACUCUUAAAAUCUGGAAAAGUUUCUGACUAUCACUUCUACAUCAUCGAGCAGUCGGAUGAUGGACGCAAAUUCAAUCGCGGCAAGCUCCUCAAUAUCGGGUUUGAUUUGGCCCGCAAAUCAAAACGCAGUCACGAUGUCUUUAUUUUUCAUGACGUGGAUCUGCUUCCUCAAGAUGAUCUCGGAUCCUGGUAUGCGAAGUUUCCUAAAUCCCCGAUACAUAUCGCCAGAGUCUGGGGUCGGUAUUCUAACAAUCCGAAGUACUUCGGAGGCGUUGUGUCGUUUUCCUCGUCAGACUAUAAGCGCAUUAAUGGCUAUCCAAAUACAUUCUGGGGUUGGGGAGGCGAAGACGACGAAAUGCAGAAACGGCUGGAGAGGUUAGGGAUCCGAUUUGAAUCGCCUCCGAAAGGAACCCUGGUUGAUUUAGAAAACAUGACCCUGCCCGAAAAGCUAAAUUUUCUCCGUGCAAAUCGCGAAUGGAAAUGUAUGGUCAAGUGGGAAGCUCUGGAAGAGCACGAAAAGACAUGGAAGAUAAAUGGGAUGGCUGAUUUAAAGUAUAAAGUUUUGGAGCAAACGUCUUUGGAUGAAACGGGAAGGGCAACUAAAGCAACAGUCGAUGUUCAGCUCAAUGGAGAUCACUGGGCGAACGAAAAAAGUGCAAUAGAUUUUCAAGGAUAACAGGAGAAGAGGACAAUGUAUGAAUGUUGGCUGCCCGAAGUAUACUUUUCGGCUUUUGACCUAACGACCGCAUCAAAGCCAAGGUCGCAGGUCGGUGAUACUAAUCGUCCUGGAGAUUCAAGUAUUGUUGAUG